AUGGAUAUUGAUUACUCAAACGAAUCUUCGAGCGAUGGUUCUGGAAGCAGUGGAUCGAGUUAUAGCGAAGAUAUGAACGUCGAAAGAGACGUAAACAUGAUUCAACCUUAUGCGUUUGAACUGGUUGAAACAGACUCGAGCGGUGACCAUGAAGACUCGGAAGAAAUGGCUUCGGAAUCUUCGUCAAGUUCUGACAAAACCCCCAGACUUCAGGACACAAACUGGUAAUUAUUUACUAAAUUUGCUUCUAUUAUUUAUGUUGUAGAUAAUUAUGUAGGUUAAGCUUUUUCAGCAACAUGCCCAACUAGGGUUAUUAGUGCUUUAAUUGUUUGUACAUUAUUAUGGGCGGCAUUAUUAUACAUUAUUAUGUUUGUACUUAUAAUUAUUAUAGUUUUCAAUGAAUCAAACAUGACUGAAAAUCAUAAAUUCAACUGCUAUGCUUUGGGCCUUUGGCCCAAAUUAACUUGGUUUAGCCCAAAUUAACUUAUGAUUAAAUUGGAACUUGGCUUUAUACGUGUAGGUGCCUUUGUACUCACUGCCAAAUAAUGGAUAGGGAAGAGGAAAGUAUUUGCUGCCACGAGAUCCCAGCUUGUGUUUCUAUAAACCAAGAAGCAGCACAAAUUGAGGAGAUACCAGUCCCAGAAUGUAUUACUGAUAACCCUGCAUUUCAGUAUUUAUGUCGGAAUUAUUGGGUCUUGCGAGUUGCUUGGAGCGAUUAUAGACAACAUUAUGGCAUAAAGGCACAUGAAGGACCUGAACACAAAAAACGAAGACAUGUUGCUUACAGGCAGUUUGUUCGGUGGUGUUGGGAUAUAUUAGGCAAAGAGAUAAGGGUCCCCUUGCCAUCUUGUGCAGUUAGUUGUAUUCGAGCACACUUCCCACCACCAGGUUUAGAAGAGGACUUUGUUUUUGAGGGUUUUAAAUUUGCAGAUGAGUAA